AUGGAUGUUUCUUUAUCUCAACUUGGAGCAUCAAUUUUUGAUAAAAAACGUGAAUUAAACAGAAUUAGAAGUGAAAUGCGUACACUGGUUAAACAAGAAAUAGCCGCAGCUGAUGAAAUUAUUGCAGAAAAUAAAAAAACGUAUUUAGAAAAAGAAGAAUCUGAAUUAUCAAGUAUUGUUGAUAAACUAUACGAUCUUACAGUUGAUGUUUCAGACCGAAAAUUCGUUGAUGGAACUCUAAAAAGAAAUAUUAGAGAAAAUUUACAAGAAGUCAUUUGUUCCGUUGAUCAAAUCACUAAUCAAUAUAUGAAACAGUACUUUGAACAAUAUUCUAAAAAAUUACAGCAUAGAAUAAAUUUAGAUCGUGCUUUUGUUGAUAUUCCUGAAAAUAACACUGAUAUUGAUAUAUAUUUCGGAGCAUUUUCUAAAGUAACUGAUUUAAAUACUAAAAACGAUUAUGUUACUCUCUUGUUAGAGCAAAUUGAACAAGAAACUCAACGAUGUCAAAUUCAAAAUCAAUUAACAAUGGAUGCACUCAAUAAUUUAAUAGACCAAAAGAAAUCAGAAGAAGAUGAAAUGAUAGAACUACAAAAAAAUAUAUCACAGAUGGGUUCAACACCAAAAAAUGAGUAUUCUCCAGCUUCAUAUGCAAAAAUUGCUAAAAAUUACCUAGAUUCUAUAAAUUCACAAAAGAAUGAUGCAUUUUAUAAUUGUGUUAAUUCAAUUUUGCAAGAAAUUAUUUCAGAUGAUUCAUCGGAAGAAAAUAUUGAAAAUUCACUAAAAGAAAUUGAAGGCUUAGUUUCUAAUGAUGCGGAUCAAACUAUUCCUGAUUAUAAAGCUGCCGUAGAAAGAAUUUCUGAAAAAUUCAAAAAAUUCAACAAAAAAUAG